CAGCGGGAGUGGACCACGGGCCAGUUGCUCUCUCCUCCCGGCCUGUGUCAACACUGAGAUGGUAGUAGGAGGUGAUUACAGACAGUGUUUUUUUCGGGUGUCAGAACCUUCCUCCGCCACCGCGAGCCCCAGUUUCUUUUGUACUCCUUUUCGAACGCCUCGCGGGGCUGCUGCUCGGCCGCGCGCACGCACGCGGGUCUGCAGAAUACAUGCAGCUCCUCCUCGAGGGGGUCGCGGUGACUGUGAGUGCCCCCACCCCCUUGUCUCUCUCUCUCUUCCCCCCGGCUCCGCCUGCGCCCGCCCCGGCACGGAUUGUUGACAAAAGACGCUGCGAGACGGAGCGAAGGAACCCGGAGCCCGGGACUGGUGAGCAUAUCCGCCCGUUAACUUAACUUCUUUCCAUAAACAGUUGGAAGGAAAAGAUCGGGACGGGGAUAGGGGGCACGAGGACUCUUCCGUUCCUAGAAACCCGUGUGGCCGAGGUGAUUCGGUUGUUGGAGGUGGUCGGACCGCAGCAGGCCGGUGUGAAGUCGACGCCCCCCCCCCCCUCCUCCCACCCUCUCCUUGCGAUUGGUAUUUACCGACAAAACCAGCGGCCAAGAUGGAUCACUCGCUGUGAGUGGAAGGUCCAGACCAGCGUUACAGGCGGCGGCGGCGGCGGCGGCGGCCUUGGGCAGGUCUAUUUAAACGGGAAUGGUGUAAGCUGAGACACCAGGCAGUCUGGAUCUGACCGGGGACCCGUCAUUCCCCCGGAGCCUCCGCAGCUCCAAGCUGCGUCCUGAGCCCUCCAAGAUGGGGAAGUGCGACGGAAGGUGCACGCUGCUGAUAUGUUCACUGCAGUUGGUGGCAGCCCUUCAGAGGCAGGUGUUUGAUUUUCUGGGCUACCAAUGGGCUCCCAUCCUGGCCAACUUCCUGCACAUUAUGGCCGUCAUCCUGGGCAUGUUUGGCACCGUGCAGUUUCGCUUCAGAUACCUUAUCUUUUAUGCAGUAUGGCUGGUUCUUUGGGUGGGUUGGAACUCGUUCAUUAUCUGUUUCUACCUGGAGGUUGGAACCCUGUCUCAGGACAGGGACUUUCUCAUGACGUUCAACACAUCCCUUCAUCGUUCGUGGUGGAUGGAGCAUGGUCCUGGUUGCCUGGUAACGCCAGUGAUAGACUCUCGCAUGGCCCCUGACGACCACCAUGUCAUCACUGUCUCCGGGUGUCUCCUUGACUACCAGUACAUAGAGGUGUUGAGUUCGGCCAUUCAGAUCCUCCUGGCUCUCUUUGGCUUUGUAUACGCCUGCUAUGUGAGCAAAGUCUUCCAGGAUGACGAGGACAGCUUUGAUUUCAUCGGUGGCUUUGACUCAUAUGGCUACCAGCCUCCUCAGAAGUCCUCACAUCUGCAACUGCAGCCUCUUUACACGGCUGGUUAACCGUUGGUAGCGCCCCCUUCAGGCCAAACCCUGACGGUGUCACUGUGGAUGGAAAGCGGCGCUUGCCUCAAUUACACCCACUCUGUGUCACAGUUUACCGGAGGAAUGGACUUACCCCACCCAGAGGGAGAGACGUGUGUGCAUGUGUGCUUGAGAAAUACAAUCCUGAAUAGAAUGUACAGAGCUCAGGGAAGAACCAGCAUGCCAGGUGGUGUGAUGAGAAGAAGGAGGGGACAGGGAGGAGAGAUACAGAGAACAAGAGCUGGGGACAACUCUGUCAAAUCACAGAAGACACACUUCACUAAACUGCCAGCUCUCAACACUCCUGUGUGUGUGUGUUUAUGUGUGUGUGUGUGUGUGUACUUUUUUUUAAAGAAUGUUUUGGGCAUUUUUGGCCUUUAUUUUUGACAGGACAGAUGAAGAAAUGAAAGGGGAGGGAGGGGGAAUGACAUGCAGUGAAGGCAAAACUCCACAGGACUAGCUGGUGCUUUGUGGUUACACCAUGAACUCUACCACUCGGUGUCCCUGUGAAUUAUUCUUUUUUUGGGUGCUUGUGUGUGUGUGUGU